UACUCCGCAUCCAAAGCAUUCUUCACCUGCCGCAAACCUUGAUGGUAAAGAUUCUAUAGCUCUAGAGAUUGAACAGAGUAUCAAAAGAGACAUGGCUACUAUACAAGAGAAAAGGCAAAACCUGGCUCGAGUCCUUCAGACCGUACACAACAUCAACGUGUCGAAAGGAAAGAAACCCAAGAAAGUAACUAGACCAACCGCUUCUAAAAAUGUACAAAGCUCAUCGGGAUUCAAAUUCAAUCCUAUCACUGAUCUUCCUCGUAAUACGUCAGAGAGCUCACUCGAUGGAGCUGAUGAUGCUUCUUCUGCCUCAGGUUUUGAUUCACGUUAUUCGUACACAAGACGUUCGUUCAAAAAACCCGAAAAACUGCAAAUUGUCAAACCAAUAAAAGGUUCUCUUACUUUGCAACAGUGGAAGAAGUUAGCAUCGCCCACCAUGAAUCUAGAACAAGAAAGACCUGGAGUACAUGUAAAGGGAGACUUACAGACCACCUCUGAUGGAAAACACUCUAAAGAACACAGCGAUGUGAGCGAUAUGAGCGAAGUAGACACAGAUGACGACCAGCCUAUUCAAAUGCGAAUAAGAUCCACAACCCAGGAAGAUGUUACACCAAUAGCUAUGGAUGAAAAAGCACAGAAACACCGCCGUGAGCCUCCUACGACCCUUACGUUAACCUCGUUAGUCCACGAGAAAGGGAUCCAUGCUGGUAGUCGUCGUGGGUCGGCGACAGCGGGUAUCCUUUCUCAGCUUCUUAAUUCCCCGUCCGUAACGACGUCUGGAAAGUCAUCCGUCGGGCAGGUCCUCGCAGAAGUGCUUCAGAAAGCUAGCGAAGAGGCUUCGGUUAAAGAACCCAGGAGAGCAGAAUCGCUGAGGAAUUUAGCGAAUUACUUCAGCGAGAAGGAAAAGGAGGGAAAGAAUGGUCCCGAAGCCAUACCAGAAGAUGAUAGCCCACCAGUUACUCCUCCUAAUACCCUCUCUAUGUUAUCAGUAGCUGGAGGAUCUAGUAAUAUAGGCGGGGGAAUUUUAACUAGACUUCUUGCAGGGUCUAGUGGAAUUAAUGUUAGUAUGUCUAAUCCACGUCCUAUUGCUACAGUCGCAGGAACCAGUAGUACCUCUACAACCUUCUCUACCUCAGUCGGCCCACUUAACCCUAGUGGGUUUGGUCGUACGUCUAGUGGAACUAACCUAAAGCAAUUAGAUUCGUCUGGAUUGGAUCCAAAGCGUCGUAGCUUAGAUGUUACGGAGAGUGGUUAUCGAGGAAACUUUUCAUCCGAGGUUCCCAAUAGUAGCCUACCGACACUGAGGCGGAGAGCAAGCAGUGGGGAUCUGGAAUCGAUGAGCUCGUCUAAUGAUUUAGUGGGGAGCUAUAACAACCUUGGUUUGGGUAACCGGUUGCAACGCAGUAACAGCAGUGGAAACCUAAAUGACUUGACCCAAAAUGCUCAAACUCCUGUCUCGGGAGGAAUCUUUGGUCGUUUAACUCGAAGACCAAGUCUCGGUAGCUUGACUGACUUGGUACAAAGGUCACACAUAGGUGCCGUCCCAGUCCCCCCACCGGGCAGAAUGGAACGGGCUUCAAGUAUUGAUUUAGGACUGGCAGCUAGACCAGGUCAAUCACCGCCAUCUCCUUCACAUUUUGAUGCCAGCGGAUCAUUUUUCAGUGGACAACAGCCUUUUCAAGGACCCUCCAAGGGGCUAUUUUCGGGUACACGACUAAGCUCCUUAGCGGGCGUUCGAGGAAUGUGGUCCCAAAAGCCUUCUUCUAGUACUUCAGGAGGGACUCCCUCUCAGGUGCUCAGCACCCAAAAAUCCGAAGAACGCCUUGAAAAAAUUAAUAAGGCGUUUGCGUUUGAAGAUUUUGGAGGUAUGGGUUUGAUGUCGUUCUUCGGAAGCAAAAAGUCAUCACAGAAUUAGUAAAUGAAUUACAAAUGCAUGCUAUUUAAUUUGAAGCUUUUACUGCGUGUAAUGCAGUGGGCCUUCUUCUCAAUGUUGUAUACGCAUACUAUCGUUAUCUGACGCAGUCUACUACGCAGCCGCUAUUACUGUCGUCACGCAACACUAUUAGGGGAAUGAGCGUUGUGUGACGACAUUAAUAGUACUGAAGAGACGAUACCUGACCAGAAAACCAAAAUAUGAAGAUUUCGUAAUGAGACUACAAUGUAAAUGUUUUUGCUCGAUGUCAUCACAGUCUUUCAGUAUCGGCUUGGUGGCUUCAUGUAUUUUUUUUGACUUGGAUGUGUUAGCAACGCUGAGAAAAAAGUCUAUAGAGGUUUGAUCAUAGAGAGAGUGUUUUCCUACUUAAACCUCGUGAAAACGAUUUCGUUGGCUUUGGUUUCGGUGUUCAUUUCUCUUCCAAGUGAUCGACUUUCUCAUCGAUAAUUUUCUACGAUAGAAAAUCCUAGUUCCUGACAGGGUUUGAACCCUCGAAGACCUCCAGAAGAACAUACACUUACUAUCAUUUAAUAUAUUUCCGAGCAACAUAAAAACAGGGAUAGACAUGUAGUGCAGAAAAUGAGAAAACGUUGACCCAAACGCAAUGAACUGAUUCGAUACCACAUGUCAAUUCUCCUAAGUAUUAUUUCUUUCUUUGAUAGUAUAACUCGUAGAUACAUUAAUAUGGAUGCCAACAAAGCAAAAACAUUUCAACAAAAGGUUUAAAAUGGGAAAACAUUUGCCAUAUCUUCAAAGGAUAUAAUUUAUUUUUAUGGUAUUUUGUUUAAGUAAAGCAAAUAAUUUUCGGGAUAUUUAUAGAUAUUUGAUAAAUAUUAUAAAUAUUUUAUAUGUCGCAAUUUAAUAAUACAAUAAUAACAAGAGUGCAUGGUCUUGGUUAAUAUUAUGGGAUGUAAUAAUCACUUGACUUAGAAACAUGACUGAGACAAUUUGGAGRUACUUUGGACGCUUGACUUGGGGACGCACGUGGUUUGAAGGCACCUGACUUAUUUACACCUAUGUAGUAGAUAUUAAAUUUGCCCUUCCAAAGUGGUAACUCCCUCGUUGGGCAAGUGCUUUCAUUAAGGCUGAAUUCAUCCUCGGGAACCCGUAGACUCCUACGCCGCUGCUAGCCGUUCGUCACAAAACUCACUCACCAAAGCUAAGCAGGAGAGUGAGCGUUGCGUGACGACACUAAUAGCGGCUGCGUGGGUAACUGGGAUUCCAGAGGAUGCGCUGGAUUUGGAGACGGGUUAAAAAGGGUUUUUUCGAUAAAGCGAUAUUUCCUCCCCAGCACCGCGGAGUUGUUGUCAGUCUUAAGUUGAACAUCGGGAAGGGUGUCUUUUUACUGUGAAGAUUUAAAAACUUAUUCAAACAGAUAUAUAGACUGAUUCCACAAUUAGGUCUUUGUGCUCUCCUGUCGAUUCUGGAUAUCGCUCACACACCUUGUUGAGCGACCGCAACCCACAAAGGAGCGAAAACUACGACUUGUAUGGAAUCAGUUUAACAGAUAUAGCGAGUGUCUGAUAGUUUACAAUGAACUGUGCCUUUCGAAUGGUUUCCGCCCCAAAUGAGUCGGAAAUCAUUUUUAUGAAUAUCUUCUUCGCUUUUAGCAAAACCAUAAGACGAUGUAAAUAAUUUUAUGAAUUUGAAAAUUUUAGCGCUUUGGAAGAAAAUUUUCCAUUUUAAUGUGGUCGGUAAACGACUUUGAAAGUUCGGUGCGCACAGAGUAAAAUAUAUGUAAAAAAAUAUCGGGUUUGAUUAAUAUAUGAAUCUAGAAUUUUCAAUAAAAGGAAAAGAAAAGUGUUA